AUGGCAGACUCCUCGAGCUCUGCUGCGCCCUCGGGUGCCAGCAAGCCCCAGGCGGCCCCGAAGCCGCCUAACCCAGCGUUCAAAAUGAUGGGUCUCCCUAAUAUGCGAUUCAAACUACCCUCUCGCAACUGGAUGAUCUUCCUUACUAUCACUGGAUCAUUCACCGGUGCUCUUAUAUACGAUCGUCGGGAGAAGCGUCGCGUUCAACAAAAGUGGUCAGAGCUUGUGGCUCAUAUUUCAAAAGAAUCUCUACCAAUCGACCAAAUGCGCCGGAAAUUGACGGUAUACUUGGCUGCGCCACCAGGAGAUGGCCUGCGUACGGCCCGGGAUCACUUCAAGGAAUAUGUCAAGCCCAUUUUGGUGGCCGCGGCAUUGGACUACACGGUGAUCGAAGGGCGGCGUGAGGGCGACGUGAGAGCCGGCAUGGCGGAAAGCAUUCGCAAGCAGCGCCGAAAGGCUGGAGAGCCCAGCUCAGCUCCCGAAGAGGUCGGUGUGGAGGCAGUCGUUGCUGCCACCCGGGAACAUAUGGGGGUCACUGACGAACCGGGUCCCAAGGGCGACUUGGUCAUCGGCCGGCACACCUGGAAAGAGUAUAUCCGGGGCUUGCACGAGGGCUGGCUUGGCCCCUUGGAUGCGCCAGCUCCACCUCCGGAGGAGUUGACCGCGAAUACAGUGGAAGACGUUAGUACCAGUGCGGAGAAACCCGCUAGUCUCGUGAACCCCGAGGUUGCGAGCAUUGAUUCCCCCGAGUUCUCUGAAGAGAAAACAGAAGAGAUCCCCGAGCUCAAGUUCGAGGAACCAGACAAAGAAGAAGAGAAGGAAGAAGAGAAGCCUGCCAAGCCGGCUGGUCCUACUCCUGCAUACAUCUCCCCCAGCGAAUACUCGUCCGCCAUCCUCCCUUACACCCUCCCCCAGACCUUUGACAGCUCCACCCCAGUCGAAUUCCCACAUAUCCUUGGCUUCCUGAACACCCCGAUCCGACUCUACCGCUUCCUCACACAACGUUACCUUGCCGAGGACGUUGGGCGCGAAGUUGCCGCAAUUGUCCUCGCGAAUAGCGCACGGCCAUACCACGCUGAGACCUUCGGCGCAGAUUCCGAGCCCACCAGCGCCAGCGUUGACCCCACCCCUUCUCCUGACCGUUCUUUCACCGACCUCCCCCCUCGCAACUAUGAGCAGCAGAGCGUAAUGGAGACUGCUGAAAGUGAGUGGCACAAGUCUGUACACAAGCGCGAAGAAGGCGAGGAGGAGAAGGAGCGCGAGUGGCUCGAUGAUAUUGUGCUCGAUCAGCGCAUUGCAUCGCGUAUGCAGCGUGCCAUCCUUUCUCCCGAAGAUGAGGCACGCGCUCAACGCAUCGCCGCGAAACAGGAAUACAUUCUUGGCGAGGAGCGGCCGGCUCCUGUGCCUUUCUGGAAGCGCAUGUGGAUCGAUUACGGCUACGGCGAGAGUGACGAGGUCCUGAGACGUAAACCCAUUUUGGGUAACAUCGACGGAGAAGAUGGACAGUGA